AUGAGGAACCAUAUGGCCGCGGGGUGGUUCUACUCCUCGAGCCAGAUACGCCGGUACAUCGUCACUCGAUUCACCAGUCUCAAACCUCCAAGGAACAAAAUCCGCAAUCCUAUUUCCGUUCUGCGGGAACUGACCUCCCACCAAUGGCUCAUGUUCCUUGUUGGCUUCUUGGGAUGGACCUGGGAUUCAUUCGAUUUCUUCACCGUGUCCAUGACGGUGACUGAGAUUGCAAAAGACUUUGACGUCUCCGUCACCAGUGUUACCUGGGGCAUCACCAUCACUCUGAUGCUUCGAUCAGUCGGCGCCUUGAUCUCUGGUUUCUUUUCGGAUAGAUACGGAAGAAAAUGGCCGUUCAUAAUCACACUGUCAGCUUUUAUAGUCCUGGAGCUUGCGUCUGGAUUCUGUCAGACUCUGCCACAGUUUCUCGGUGUCCGCGCUCUAUACGGAAUAGCGAUGGGAGGUCUCUUCGGCCCGGCUGCGGCCACCGCUCUCGAGGACCUUCCUUACGAUGCUCGUGGAGUACUAUCAGGCUGUUUCGAGAUGGGAUACGCCAUUGGAUACCUCCUAGCAGCCGCAUUCUACCGGGCCCUGGUCCCCACCACUACCCACGGCUGGCGGAGCCUGUUCUGGUUUGGCGCUGCUCCCCCAGUCCUCAUCAUCCUGUUCCGCUGGAUGCUCCCCGAGACCAAUCACUUCCAGGUCAUGGUUGCCGAGCGCGAGGAGCGCAUCCGGCAGGCUCACGCAGAGGACGACCAUGUCCGCGCUAUGGGCCUUCGGUCGUUCCUGAAAGACUCGGGCACAGCGUUGAAAGAGAACUGGGUGCUGUUCAUCUACCUCGUCGUCCUGAUGACGGGAUUCAACUCCUGCUCUCAUGGAAGCCAGGACUUCUAUCCCACUUUUCUAAAAGACCAGGUUGGUCUCAAACCAACCCAAGUCACGGUCAUCACGGUCGUGGGGCAAGCCGGGGCCUUUGUCGGCGCCAACUUCUUCGGCUACAUUAGUACCUUCUUUGGCCGACGCUUGACCAUGAUGGUAACCUGCGUUAUUGGGGGUGCCUUGGUUCCGGUGUACGUUCUGCCCCGCGACAUGAGCUUGAUCGCUACUGUCUUCUGGGAGCAGUUCUGUGUCGGUGGUGUCUGGGGGCCUAUCCCAAUCCAUCUGAUGGAAGUGAAUCCCCCUGCGCUUCGCUCCCUUCUCGUCGGAUUGACGUAUCAACUCGGAAACCUUGCCUCGUCUGCAUCGGCUACAAUCCAGUCGACGAUCGGUUCACGGUAUCCUUUGCCCCCUACUGCCGCUAAUAAGAAGCGAUUCGAUUACGGCAAGGUUAUGGCAAUAUUCCUGGGAGCCGUCUGGGCAUAUAUACUGUUCUUCCUCUUCUGGGGUCCCGAGAUGUCCGCUGAAGAAAGGGAGGAGGAAGCAGAGGCGGCCAAGUACCUGGAAAAGCUCCGUUUAGAGGGAGUCGGUCUUGCUGAAAUUGGGGUCUUGCAAGCGAGGAAAACCAAGGGACCCGAGAUGCCUCCUCGAGAUAAUGAUGUCGAAAAAGUGAACGAGGCCGUUACCGAACACGUCGAUUAA